CCAGGAUUCGUAUUUCUGUGCAUAAUUCUCACAGUUAUGUGGCACUAGAGCUUGUGCUGGGUGCGUUUAAUCUCGUUUCCUGGGUAAGAUGAGGGUUUUUUAAUGUGCGGGCUAGGUCCGGCCGGGGAACCAUCGACACUGGCUUGGAAUAUCGCUGCGGAGAAGAUGCAUCACGAUGAUCCUACUGGUGCUGAGGCGCUUGAUAUAGCCAAGGAAUGGAUCGGGAAGUGCCUGACGUCGCAUGAAUAUUGCGAUGCUCAUGGUGCAUCGCCUCUGCCGGAGAGGGUCCUUGAGCUGACCCCAGAUCUCAUCUUCCUUCGAGAAUAUGUCAAGCCUCCAGUCCAGCGCUAUGCUUGCUUGAGCCACUACUGGGGCCCUCGGGGUCCGGCGGUGCAACUGAAGAAGGAGACAAGUGCAAGCUUACGGCAGGGGAUGCCGGUGGACAGCUUGCCAAAAACCUUUUCUGAUAGCGUCAAAGUGUGUCUGAGGCUUGGUAUAUCGUUCCUUUGGAUCGAUGCCUUGUGUAUAUAUCAAGAUGACCUUAAUGACUGGGAGCAGGCUGCAGCAACGAUGGCAAGCAUUUAUGAACGCGCCCACAUUACGAUUGCCGCUGCCUGUGCCCGAGACAGUACUGAUGGUCUGCGCCCUCUGGCAGCCAUAUUCAAAGAAAAGUUGGUCCCCUCCACCGGGCUAUGUGUGCGUAGGCAUUACCGAGAGCUGACCGACCAACUGAAUCUGUCUCGGAAUGAUUUCCCUUUAUUAUGGCGCGCUUGGGUGUUCCAGGAAAGAAGCCUCUCACCACGAAUACUCUAUUUCAGCGCCUGUCGACUGGUGUGGGAGUGCAGAACUGUCCAACAUAUCGAGUCAAAAGCACGCGCGCACCAAUGGAGCUACGACCAUGUCAUUCUAGGCCUGCAGUCUUUAACUAGGGAGCCUCCCGACGUGAUUGCAGCGUGGCAGAGCGCGGUAGAGCAAUUCUCACGCCUUGGGCUCACUUACGGUAGCGAUAAAUUGCCGUCCAUUGCAGCGCUAGCGUCGAGGAUGGAGCAGUACAGAAAGCAGGAUACUUACCUUGGUGGUUUAUGGUGGAGCUCACUGCUGUACGAUUUACAGUGGGUAGUGUUCAGUCAUCAGGCGCGAUGCAAUUCGAACGCACCAACCUGGUCGUGGGCAUCUGUGAAUGGGGAAGUUCAAUUCGAACGUAGAGGCAUCGAGCCAUAUGUUCUGCCGAGCGUAACGCUGUUAGAUGUUGUUUACAGAUCGAUGAGCUCUGCCUUCGUCGGGAGAGCGACCGAAGCUCGCAUCAGCCUUGAGGGCCACACCUCCAAGGUCACCCGAAAAGGUUUCGCGAGCCGCCACUUAGACGACCCGUUCGAGCUGAGUAACCUAAACGGGCUCGACAUCGGCAUCAUGUCGUUUACCGACAUCGAUCCAGACACCGACUCGAGAUCGGGGUCCCCUGACGAAGACCUGAUCGUCUUUUUCCUCACCAAGCGGACCAACCUUGUCUGUGGAUACUCUGGGCCGAUUCUUCGCAAGCUCCACGACAAUAUCUUCCAGCGCGUAGGGUGGCUGCGGGCUAGUCGACCGUUCGGGUGUCCUGUGCUCAGUAGUACGGAUCCUGACUUUUGGGCGCCGCUGGACGCGUACAUGGCGAAAUCGCCGUUGGAGGUGGUGACUAUCGUCUAAGAUGUCAGCUGUCUCGGCUUUUGAGAGGCUGUCGGUCGUAGGUUUCUUGGUUUUUGAUGGCUUGCGAUAGCAGCAGAUGCCGGUUGUACAAGUGAUUGUCUCUCCAAAUGGCAGGUAA